AUGUCGCUUCUGCAACUCCCCGCUAAGCUCUCAACCCCAUUCCUCACCGGCAAUGGAAUCGCCGUCAACCGUUUCUCAAACCCCACUUCCUCAAUCUCCCUUACCCAAACCCGUUCCCAUCCGUUCCCGGCAAUCAAAGCCGUGCAAACAAUGCAAGGAAAGGUCGUAUGCACCACCAACAACAAGACGGUGGCGGUGGAGGUUACUCGUUUGGCAACUGAUAGGAAAUACAAAAAGCUAAUCAGGAUUAAGAAGAAGUACCAGGCUCAUGACCCUGAAAACGGUUUCAAAGUUGGGGACAUUGUUCAGCUUCAUAAAAUUAAGCCUAUUAGCAAGAACAAGUGCUUUCUCGCUCUUCCUGCUCCUGCUCGGAACUCUAAAAAGGGUAACUCUUCCGGUGAGCUUGACAUUCCGCUUCAGUCUCAGCAAGAGGGAGAGAAACAGUCCAAGGAUUAG